CACCUCCGUGAGUCGUCGUCGUCCUCCUGCUGUCCACAUCGCAGACUUACCCGCCUUGGGGGGAAAAUCGACCACUAAACCCCGCGCCAGUUCAAGCACACCACCAUCAUGUCGCGCUCCAUCACCGACGCCGCCUCCUUCAAGAACGCAGGCAAGGUCGUCUGCAUCGGCCGCAACUAUGCCGACCACAUCACCGAGCUCAACAGCGCCCGCCCGAAACAGCCCUUCUUCUUCCUCAAGCCGACCUCGUCCAUCGUAGCCCCCGGCGCUGGCCCUGUCAUCUGCCCCAACGGCGUCGACGUCCACUACGAGGUCGAGCUCGCCCUCAUCAUGGGCAAGGAGGUCCGCGACCUCGACGCCUCUGACGAGCAAGGUGCCCUGGAUGCCAUUGAGAGCUACGCAAUCGGUAUCGACAUGACGGCUCGCAACGUCCAGAACGAGGCCAAGAAGAAGGGCCUCCCCUGGUCCAUCGCCAAGGGCUUCGACACGUUCCUGCCCAUGUCCAACGUGAUCCCAAAGUCGGCCAUCCCGGACCCGCACAACGCCGAGCUCUACCUCACCGUCAACGACGCCACCAAGCAGUCCGACUCGACCAACCUCAUGCUCUUCCGCAUCCCCCAGAUGCUCAGCGACAUCUCAAAGGUCAUGACCAUCCACAAGGGCGACAUCAUCCUCACCGGCACCCCCAAGGGCGUCGGCCCUGUCGUCCCCGGAGACGUCAUGCGCGCGGGAAUCAAGGUGGACGGCAAGGAGAUUGAGGAGGGAAAGAUUGAGAUCCCCGUCGAGGCGUCCAAGGGCGCUUACUCGUUCGCCGAGACUUAGAAGAAGAACGUGAGCGGAGGAGGAUUGCGUUCGGUGAGCAAGGAGAAAGAGAGAGAGCGAGAGCGGGAGAGAGAGCCGGGUCUAGGUGGCAAACGUUCGGAGUUCAGGAUGGAAAUUGCUCGCAAACCUGUUGUGUUGCGGUGACUGGGGCGGCACCCCAUGAAAAGUACCUAACUACCUAGAUAUACCAGCUUGCAAAACACCGCGUCGU